AUGACGCGCUUAAAUGCACGUGCCCCGGGCCGACUUGUUGCCGGGGCAUUGUUUACUCUCAACUUGAUAUUGAUAUCUUCUCUACCACAUCACCAUGGUACGUCUGAGAUCCCAAUCAAAGGUUUCACAUCUAAUAAUAUGCAGGCUAGUAAUCUAUCUUUCAAGCCCUCGCCCCUUUCUUUUGGGGGGCAGCGCGCAUCGCCCUUCCGCCGACCGUCUACACCCAAUUCCCCACCCUCCGCUCGUGGUGUUACCCCAGCAAGCCCUUCAAGCAGAGGAGGCUACACUCCCAUCCAAUCGCCUAGCAAGCUCAAUCAAUCAUACACAGUAGAGGAAGGAGAAUCCAUCUACCCGAAACAAAGCCCGAUUCCCCAGCCAAACUUCACUCGAGAGCUUCCUCCUUCUCCAACUAAAGGUGCGCAGGCACCUGGACACACGUCACCUAUUCUGAGCCGAUCAAACGGAAUAGUUGCUGUAAAUACAGAUGCGGCAGGCAAUCUGCCUCCUCAUCAAGUGAGAGAGAUUCGCGAGGCUUUUCAAGUCCUUGAUCGCGACAAUGAUGGAUUGGUCAACAAAGAUGACGUCGCGGACGUAUUGAUGAAUUUAGGUAGGUUUUUUCCCCUCAAUUUUGUCAGGACAAUAUUAACGAUAUGUGCUUCAGGCCAAGAUUCAUCGCCCUCUACACUUGCGCGUUUCUUCCCACCCGGAACGGGACAGACUAUCAACUUUCCGAAUUUCUUAAACACUUUAUCUCUUCUGAUGUCGCCAAUGUCAUCUUCGCAGGAGCUGCUCAAUGCGCUCGCGGCAUUUGAUGAUGACGAUAACGGCCAAGUCGAUAUUGCAGAGUUACGUGAUGCUCUAUUGCAUACCCUUCCCGAGGAUGGAGAUGUGCCCUUAACUGAACAACAGAUUGAUGAGGUUCUGAGUGGAUUCAAGGGACGUCGGGCUUUUGGAGAUCGCUCCAAGGCUGGAACCACAAAGCGAGGCGAGACUUUCCAAUACCAUGAAUUUGUUCGCAGUGUUGUGGGCGGAGGUGAGGCGACCGGAAGACAGGCUGGCCCAACUCACGCUUAA